GCUGCCCCGGCGUGUAGGGCCCGGCCGCUGCCAUGUCGGGCCCGUUUGAGCUCUCGGUGCAGGAUCUCAACGACCUGCUCUCGGACGGCAGCGGCUGUUACAGCCUCCCGAGCCAGCCCUGCAACGAGGUCACCCCCAGGAUCUACGUGGGCAACGCGUCUGUGGCUCAAGACAUCCCCAAGCUGCAGAAACUGGGCAUCACCCACGUCCUGAACGCGGCUGAGGGCAGGUCCUUCAUGCACGUCAACACCAAUGCCAACUUCUACAAGGACUCCGGCAUCACCUACCUGGGCAUCAAGGCCAACGACACGCAGGAGUUCAACCUCAGCGCCUACUUUGAAAAGGCGGCGGACUUCAUUGACCAGGCCCUGGCUCAGAAGAACGGCCGAGUGCUCGUCCACUGCCGUGAGGGUUACAGCCGCUCCCCGACUCUCGUCAUCGCGUAUCUCAUGAUGCGUCAGAAGAUGGAUGUCAAGUCUGCCCUGAGCAUCGUCAGGCAGAACCGUGAGAUCGGCCCCAACGAUGGUUUCCUGGCCCAGCUCUGCCAGCUCAAUGACAGACUAGUCAAGGAAGGGAAAUUGAAACUCUAGGGCGCCCCCGCUGCCUCUUCUCUAGAGGUCCGAUGGGGGGGGCCUUGGUUGUGGUGUCCCAAGCUGCCAUGUUUAGGAAACACAGUGUACCCUGCUCCCAGCAUCACCAGGCACUUGCCCACAAGUCUGUCCCAACACAGCCCUGGGCCACUUUCCCCCUGGGGAGCAUAUAAAGAAGCUCGCUGAGGAGGGCAUUCCUGCUCCCUGGUGUGUCCUGUGCCUACAGUUUAUGAUGUCCUCACCCUGAGGUGGGGGCGCAGAGGGAGAAGGCCUGUGACGGCUGUGCUUCUCCUGGAUGACCCAGGGCAAAAGCUCUGUGGAAGUGUAAGGCCUAAGACGCCCACGGGGGGCCCUCCUGACCUCCUCCAGCCCCCAUCCCUGGGCCCUCUCCUGAGUGGGGACCCCAGCCCUGUAAAGGAACUAUGCAAAUGCGGGCCCCUCUCCCCCCACCGUGUCUGUCUCCCCCGUCUCCUCACAGCCAUCCACACCCUGCUCGUAGGCAGAGGUGCGUCCUGAGGUCUGAAGCUGGGUCAGCUGUCCGUGGGUGGAAAUUCCCAUAAAGAGACUGCAUGUUAAUGAUUUCCUUAGGAUUAAAGAUGCUGAAACAAAGAGGCCCUUGAGUGGGGAAAUACAGCCCCUUGGAGGACUCUCCUAAAUCCGUAGUUUGAAAAAUGUGACUUCUUGGAAGGCUUGAGUUCAGAAUCCGCCCCUUUGGGGUACCCGGCUCUCAGUCACUUGGUUGGUUAGAAGAGCGAUACCUUGAGGCAGGGUUUUAUUUUUCUUUUUUAGAAAACAGGGUGUUGAAGUCCAGCCUAUUUAAAAACCCCACCAUUUGGAGAAUUACAAGGGUUUUGUCCUGAAUUAUAGCGUUGGUGAGCCCAAGCCACUCACGCUCACUGCUUUUUGUCUCGGUUGCUAUUCCAGGAACAGGAGGAGGAAGUUGGCCCAUUAUAGCAUGUGUGUGUGUGCGCGCGCACACAUGUGAGCAACACAGCCAGUGGCUGGACAAGCAGGGGGAUGAACAGGCCCAGGCUCACAUCCUGCCCACUCACAGGUAGUUCUUGCAGCUCUCUGCUGCCAGAAAAGGUCCUGGAGCCUUGGCAGCAAAAAUGACUCAGCCAGGCAGAAAAGAAACAUGGCGGAACAUCCAAACGGAGCCUUUAGUGGUAGAGCAAACAAACCAAAAGAAACAGCCUUUGUAAGGACUUUUUUAAGGAUGAUGUCGGAAUGCACAAGCACUCACACUCACAUGUGUGUGCACGUUUGUCAGAAUAUAGGAGUUUUGUUUUGAACCCAGGCUUGUUAGCACUUGGCAUGAUUGUCGUCAGGGCAAGCGAUGCAGUGCUGUCAUCUUCAGGUUCCCUAACGGCAGAGAAGUGGUCCUCAGCUCUGGCCCCAGCCCUUAGCACGUAGAUAUCUGAUAAAAGUUUGUGGAAUUAAACUUUUUUUUUUUUGAGCACCAAAUAUAUGCAGGGCAUUGUUGCAGUGGGUGUAUCAAGCUCCCAGGAGCCUGACUUGGUGGUAGGAUCACUUGCAAAGAUUUGCAAAGGAGUCUUACCUGAAAUGAAAUAUCAGGGACUUUUGUUGACUAUUUAAAAUUCAGUUUUAAGUUUCAAUUCAGGCAGCGUUAUGGAGGUGGGGAAUGUGCCUUUUCCGGGGUUGACCAGAAGCUUCCAGCUAGGUUGAGGAGAAGCAGGUGUGCCUCAGGGCUUCACACCCAGGUGUAAUGAUCUCUAUCUUGGCAGAAGCAGAAGCAGCACCUCGCAGCCUGGGUGUCCCCUUUGCUUUGUGACCUCAGCAGCCCCGAACAACCUGGAAUCUGUCUUCUUUUUCAAUACCAGGCUGCCUGAUAGGCCCACUUAAGUGAAACGGCCAUCCUCUCCACUGUGUCCCUCAUAGUGCUCAGCUAACUCUCCCACUUAAUCUAUCUUGAUCCUCACAAUAACCCUAUUAACUGGGUAGGGCUUAUUCAUGUACUGUUACCUUUAAGAAAAGGAACUGGGGUUCAGAGUACGUAGAGGUGUGGUGCUCAGGGCUGCCCAGCUCCCGAAGGCAGAGCUGAGGCCAGAUUUCAGGUUGGCUGCUCUCUGAAGCUGAAUUCUUUCUGUCAUACUACACUCCUCAAGAAAUGAGCCCCUGGGCAAGUCUAGGUGUGCUGCACCUGCUCUUGAACCCACCCGUGUGCACAAGAGCCCGUUAGCUUUAUGGCCAAAGGACAGCAGUUCAAGCUGUGGUGCUGGGGGACUCUGCUCCAGGAAAAGGAAGUAAAAAGUGUGGGUCCCCAAUUGGGUUGAAUGUGUAGUUCUUCUUCUAGGAAACAGGUAGCAUCCCUAAGUCAGAGCUUUCUGCUCCACUUCCGGUAGAGGCUCAGGAGCCGGGGCUGGGGUCCCCCUCAUACCCAGGCCGUGGUCCCCACGCAGGACAGCCACAGCUACUUAGGCCAACUGACCAGAACCUCUUGAAAGCCUCUUUGUUAGGGGUAUGUCGGAGAAAAGGCCAUGGGGGAGAAUUACUGCCUUCACUUUGGGGCUACUUUUAUGCUGAUAACUUGGGAUUUCUUGACAGUCUUUAGUCCCAGAAACCCCAUAUUUACUUCACGAGCUGUAGCUCCUCAAAAUCAAAUUCUAUUGUUUAAGAGCCAACACGUGCCCAGCUGUGAGUGGAAAGCUGUUUCUGGACAGCUUUCUACCCCUGGGAGGUGAUGGGAUAGGAACUCAGGGUGCCUCUACCCCCUCCUCUGACCCAGUCUCUCUCUUUGACUAGCAGACCCCUCUCUAGGCCAGCUGAGAGCACCAAACAGUUUUCUUCUAAAUCCUAAAGCAGUACACCUUCCACAGGCUGGUCUGUUUCCCUGCCACUCUGUGUUAUCUGGAGAGCAGAAGUCACCAUCUGUCAAGCAAGGGGACUCAACUUGAAGACCUCUAAGGUCCCUUUUGGCUCUGACACCAUAGGGUUCUUUAAGAAUCCCCAUUGACAUUGACUGCCACCUGGAAAUCAUAGGGUGUGUAACAAUAUGAUGACCAGCAGGUGGCGCCAUGUUCCACCCGUGGGGAUGAAUGCUUGGAAAAGGAAAGUUGGUGCCUUUUGUGUCACAAGUUAAUGUUAAGAUGCUAAUGUUUUAAUCGAAAUAAGCACUGAUCUUAAAAUAUGAAGAUAUUAGCUUUUCUCGCAGGAAAUUUUCUGUCAUAAAACCUGCAUCAAGAAGCACUGAAGAGCCAACACUGAUGGUCCUUCCAAGUCAAGAUUUUAUCCUGAUUGGAAAGAGAGGCCAUCUCCGGUUGGGAGAGCAGAUUGGUUGGAAGCUUAAUUUACCUCCUGUCAGCUUUUAGGGUAAUUUGAUUGUGAAAGCGUGAAUUUUCUGGACAGAAAAGGGGAAGGUAUUAAAUUGGUUUAAAAAAAAAAGUAAGUUUAAUGUCUGUUAUAUCACAAACCAGUGUUAAAACACUAAAACUGUAACCAAAAUAAAUGUCUUACAUUAC